AUGGUGGCUUCGAGUAACAACUUGCGGAAGAGGAAGCGCAGUUUAGCUGUUCAGCGCAGCCCAGAUAUUGCCGAUGAAGAAAUAACGGAACCUUCAUCAAACGAGGAAAACGAUAACGAAAGUUAUUCAGGUGAAGGAGAGGAGGAAGAAAUCCUAGAGUCUGACGAAGAGUUUGCUGCCGAGUCGGCUACUGACAAAAGAAGACGUUUGGCGAAACAAUAUUUGGAGAACCUGAAGGAGGAUGCCAAUGAAAUCGUCACGGGACUGGAAUAUAAGAAAGCUACCAAAGAAACUCUAGAUGAGUUCAACAACUUCGAUGCCAAAGAUCUUGAUAGGGAUAUUAUUGCGUCAAGAUUACGGCUGGAUGUUGCUGAACAACAGGGUCGUGUUUAUCGAUUCAUUGGUGAGAAACUGCUGAUAUCUGAAGCCAAAACGUCUUUCACGAGAGUUGGUGAAAAGAACAUCACCGGACUCAGCUGUUAUCAGCCCGAGAUCAACAAAUUCAGCCUCGAAACCAAAAGCAAGAGUAAGAGCCGAAUCUACGCUUACGUGGUGAGCAAAGACAUGACUUUGACGAAAUACGAUGUCACCGAUUUCAAUUCGAGACCCAAGAAACUGAGGUACGUUAAAGGUGGACGUCGUUACACUCCGGUGGGAAACUCUGAAUACGACAAUACAACCGAAGGUCAUUACGAUGAAAUUUUAGCAAUCGCAGCGUCUCCUGAUGGGAAUUACGUGGUCACUGGCGGGAGAGACCGUAAGCUGAUUGUUUGGAGCACAGAGUCCUUGGCCCCCGUCAAGGUAUUGCCCACUAAGGAUCGUCGAGGUGAAGUGCUUGGGCUCGCUUUUAGGAAAAAUACUGAUCAGCUAUAUGCAUCAUGCGCCGAUUAUAAAAUCCGCACUUUCUCCAUUAACCAAUUUUCACAACUUGAAAUUCUGUAUGGUCAUCAGGAUGUUGUGGUUGACAUAUCAGCGCUCAGUGCUGAGCGCUGCGUUACAGUCGGUUCUAGAGAUCGCACAGCCAUGCUUUGGAAGAUUGCCGAUGAAACAAGGCUGACUUUCAGAGGUGGAGAUGAUCCCGAAAGGUUGCGUAAAAAAUGGUUGAAAAAUCAGGCUGCAGAAGAAGCGAACGGAGAACUCGAUCAGACUUACGAGGUUUCUGAAGCCCCGAUGUUUUAUGGGGAAGGGAGCAUUGAUUGUGUUUCGAUGAUAGACGAUUCACAUUUUGUGACUGGCUCUGACAACGGAAACAUAGCUCUGUGGUCUAUGAGCAAGAAAAAGCCUUUGUUCACGCAAAGAAUUGCCCACGGAAUAAUUCCCUUACCUGAAUGUCAGACAAUAUCAGCGGAGCGCGACCAAAGUAUGUGUGAAACUCAGCUUCAGGAGAAAGCGUUGACAAGACCUUACUGGAUAACGGCGUUGCAUGCCAUACCUUACUCCAACGUAUUUGUCUCUGGUUCAUGGAACGGCGUUUUGAAGGUAUGGAAAAUAGCUCCUACAAUGAGAGAGUUUGAAUUGUUGGGCGAAUUAGCAAGGUGCCAAGGCGUAGUUACGAAAAUUCAAGUCGUUGAAAGUGGCAAGCAUGGCCGCGAGACCCUAAGAGUCUUGGCCAGCGUUGCAAAAGAGCAUAGACUGGGUAGAUGGAUUCAUCACAUUUCGGGCGCCCGCAACGGUCUAUAUUCUGCGGUAAUUGAACAAACCGAUUUUUGA